AUGAAUGAUUUGAUUAAAAUCACCUAUGAUGAGCUGAGAGGCAAGCUGCUGGCUUAUGAAACCACUCACAUGUCUCAAAAUAAAGAUGACAAAAAGAAAAGUAUAGCACUAAAAUCAAGGAUGGCAGCCCAAGGAGAAGAAUCUGAUGACAGUUUCUCAGAUGAAGAAAUGGUGCUCUUUGCAAGAAAAAUGAGAAGACUACUAAGAUACAAAAGCAAAGGCAAAGGAAGCUCUUCAUCCAAAGACGUCAAGAAAGAUCAAGCCAAGUUCACAUGCCAUCACUACAAGGAACCUGGUCACUUCAAGUCAGAUUGCCCUCAACUUAAGAAAGGCAAAAAAUCUCAACUUAAGAAAGGCAAAAAAUCCAAGAAAGACAAAAAGAAGGUAAUGAUGGCAACAUGGGAGGACUUGGAGAACGACACCAGCUCAGAGAGCUCAGAUCAAGAAGCUUAA